CGGCAGCAGCAGCCAGCCAGCAGUUAGUUAGUUGUUGACCGUGUGGCUCAGUGUGUACAGGCAGUCAGAGAGCGUCGAGAGCGUCUGCCGAGCAUCGCAUUUCGGCCCGUGCGGUGGUGUUUGUUUUCGUGUGCUUGUGUGCGUGUGUUUGUCAUCCCAUUUUAUACAUUACGAGUAUCCCGAAUAAUUUUUGACGCGAUAGCCCGCUGACAAAAAUGUCGCAUCAAACUGGUAUAAAAGCUAACGACGCUUUGAAAAAGGUCUUCGCCAAGUGCAGGGAUGGCAAAAUUCGCGUCCUCAAAGUUUCCAUCGAGAACGAGGAACUCGUUCCGACUACUUCCUCCAAGCCCGUCGGUAAAUGGCAAAAUGAUUACGACAAAAUGGUCAAGCCGCUCGUCGAGGAGAAUCAACCAGCUUAUAUACUCUAUCGUCUGGACACCAAGUCCUCUGAUUCAGGAUACGACUGGUUGUUGAUAUCCUGGACCCCCGAUACAGCACCAGUCAGACAGAAGAUGUUGUACGCUUCCACCAAGGCAACCUUGAAGCAGGAGUUUGGCUCUGCUUCUAUUAAGGAGGAGUUGCAUGGUACCGUACUGGAAGACAUCACUCUGGACGGCUAUCACAAGCAGAAGAAAAACGAUGCUGCCCCUGUUCCACUCACGAGCGCUGAGGAAGAAUUGGCAGAAAUGAAGAAAAGUAUCGUGCACACAGACUACAGCGUCGAAACCAGACAUCAAACUCUCAGCGGUAUAGCUUUCCCUGUCACGGAUGAAGCUAAGCAGGCACUGACUUGUGAUGACUACAACUAUGUGCAAUUGAGAAUUGACUUGGACGAGGAGAAAAUUCAUUUGGUUACAGCUGCUACAGAUGUAUCCAUUGACAAAUUGCCAACUAAAGUACCUUCUGACUGUGCUAGAUAUCACUUGUAUACUUUUAAACAUACUCACGAAGGAGAUUUAUUAUCAUUAAAAGUAUUUAUAUACAGUAUGCCAGGGUAUAACUGCAGUAUUAAAGAGAGGAUGUUAUAUUCAUCUUGCAAAGCACCUUUAAUCGAGUUUAUAAAUUCUCUUGGAGUGGAAAUAGCAAAGAAGUUGGAAGUGACUAGUGGCGAGGAGUUAGGCGAAAUACUGGAAGACUCACCUCUCGAAAUCCUCUCGAAAAGUACGGGCCCAUCGACCCCGGCUACCCCGGGUACGCCUUCGACGCCUUGCGGUCCACCGAACUCGAUAAACCAUAAGAACCAUAAGAAAUCCAAGCCGAAACGAUCCUGCGUUAUAAGUUAACUAGGGCCUUUGACAAUAUAUAUUUAUUGAAAAAAAAGCACAAAAUGAAAGAACAAAUUUAAAUGCCAAUCAUUGCCAAUCAAAUAAUCACGAGGCGUUUUUUAUAAAGAAUUUUCGAUUGAAUUUAACUUGUGAUAAAAGAUGAUGAAAAAUAUAUAUUUUACGCGAUUAUUCUACAACGGUAUCAUAGUAAUAAUAUGAUGAUAAUUAAUAUUAAAUACGUGACGACCUAGAUGGAAUUGUCAUAGACUCAAUUUUUCGAAAUAGCUUUUUAAUAAUGAGAAUGAGAUUCAGCUAUACAAGUGAUACUAUUGAUACUAAAUAUUUUUCGAUUUUAUUGCAUAAUAAUGAAAAAAGUAGACUAACUUGAAAAUAUUUUUCUGAAUUUUUCGAGUCUUCUCAUACGCCAUAUAAUAUGUAUAUCGUACGUAAUAUUGAAAAUAUUUCAUUGUAUAUUUCUACCUAUAAUAACAAUUGCAAUAUUUUUCUGAAUUGAUAUGAGGUUAUCAAGUAGGAAAUACGUACCAAUUAAAUAGAUAUUUUGAGAUCGAAAUAGCCUGACAUAAUACUUGCGUUUAUGAUAAACAUAAAAAAACUCGUGUUCGAUUUCGUCUUGAUUUUAAGACGUUUCCGUAAGUUACUACUGUCAUGUUGAUGUGAUAGUUAAUAGUUUAAUUGUUAUAAUUGAUAAUAACAAUAACGUUGACAAAUGUGCACCUAUUUUUUUAUUUAAAACAAUUUCAAGAUAAUUUACCAGUGCUUUUUCCUAACGCACAAGUUUCACUUUGAGCAACUUCUAUGAUUUGUUUUUUAAUGAUUAAUAAUUGAAAAAAAUAUUCAUGUCCUUUUUUUUCUAGUCUUGCAAUUAAGUGAUAUUUGAGCUUGUAAUAUGGUCAUGCAUAUAUGCUUGGCUGAAUAAUUAAUUUUAAAUUAUAAAAAUGAAAUGUUUUGCAUGACCGAAAUUUCCUUAUAUGCUUGCACGCAUAGAACUACGUGAUAAAUAACGUAUAAAAUUUCGAAGAGUUUGAGUCAAUUUGUUAAGUAUAUUUUUACUUCCAGACUAAAACAAUGCGAGUGAAAAAAGUCUAGUUUACUACUAAAAAUUAAUUUAUAUCUUAUUCCAAAGACGAAUUUUGCCUAAUUGAUUAAUUAUUGAGUUAAAAAUUUUUUUUACAUAGUUGAUACAAAUUGUUCACACCUGUCACACAAUAGAAGAAUAAAUUUUUCAUCUGCAAUGUGUAAUAUAUUAACAUACCAAGUUGUAAUUCGCGCACUUGUUGCAAAUGACAUACUAUUUUAUUGUUUAUUGUAAUUAUAUAGUAAGAAAAGAAAAUCUAA